CACUGUUCCCAUUCUUCCCUCCGAAUGUAUCGUCCCUGACCCUUCCCUCUCCUUUUUCCUCCCCCAUCCCCCUCUCUCUCUCUCUCUCUCCAUGAAAAUGAUGAAACCCUCUCCCCCUCCUCUUCCCCACAUCCUUCCCUUACAACAACAACUACUGCUGCUGCUGCUUCUGGUGCUCUUCUUCUCCUCUUCCCUCAUCACCUUCGUCGUCUCCGACUCCAACGCCUACACGUGGGUGGUGUGCUCCUCCCCAAACUCCGUCUUCGCCCCGAACGGCACCUUCCAAGCCAACCUCGCCGCCGCCCUCUCCGCCCUCCCCGCCGCCGCCGCCGCCGCCGGGGGCUUCGCCGCUCUCUCCCGCGGCCGACCCGCCGACCGCGUCUUCGCCGCCGCGCUCUGCCGCGGCGACGCCUCCCCCGCCGCGUGCAGCUCCUACGUCGCCGACGCCGCAGCGGGGGUCGCCGAGCGCUGCCCCAACUCCAAAGCCGCCGCCGUCUGGUACGACAAGAGCUUCCUCCGCUACUCCGUCGCCAACUUCUCCAACGACGUCGACUGGUCCAUCCAGAAGAUUCUCUACAACGAAGGGAAUGUCUCGGACCCCACCAGGUUCGAGCAGCUGUACGGGGAUUUGAUGGGUGGGUUGGCGAAGCGGGCGGCUUACGAGUCGAAUCGAAUGUUUGCAACUCGUGAGGUGUCCUUCACGAGCUUCAUUAAGAUGUUUGGGUUGGUGCAGUGCAUGAGGGACCGGUCAGAUGAUGAUUGUUACCAGUGCUUACAGCAAUCAGUGGCGGCAAUGCCCAACUGCUGUUGGGGGCAUCAGGGAGGGGUAGUUUUGACUUACACUUGCUAUCUGCGGUUUGAGAUAUAUCCUUUUUAUAAUUUGAGCAUGUUGGGAGCAGAAGCACCACCGCCUGCAUUGGCUGCCGCACCAUUGCCGGAUUCUGAUGCUGCUCUACCCACGAAAGCAGGCAAAGGAAGCAAGAAGGACAAAGAGGAGAUAGUUGCUCUUGGUGUCAUAACUUUCGUUAUUGCAACAAGUCUCCUCUCGGCGUACUUCGUCUACAAAUCGAGGAGAACAAAAUCCAUUGGUUUUUCCAAUGUCGAAGAUGAGGAGAGCCAAAAUGGUGAAACUCUGUUAUAUAAUUUGGGGACACUAAAAUUUGCUACUAAUAAUUUCUCCGACGAAAAUAAGCUUGGAGAAGGUGGUUUUGGAUCAGUUUAUAAGGGAAUACUUCAAGAUGGCCUGGAAAUAGCUGUCAAACGGCUUUCGAUCAAUUCAAGGCAAGGGCUUUUAGAGCUAACGAAUGAGGUUGCCAUCGUCGCUAAGCUUCAGCAUAGAAAUCUUGUGAGGUUGUUGGGUUUUUGCUUGGAGGAGAAUGAAAAGUUGCUUGUUUAUGAGUAUCUUCCAAAUAGAAGUCUCGACAAAUUUUUAUUUGUUCAUGAUAAUCACGGACAAUUAGAUUGGGCAACGCGCUACAAGAUUAUUGAAGGAAUUGCUAGAGGCCUACUUUACCUUCAUGAAGAUUCUCGGCUCAGGAUUGUUCAUCGAGAUCUUAAAACAAGCAACAUCUUGUUAGAUCAAUUCAUGAACCCUAAAAUUUCAGAUUUUGGCCUUGCAAAGCUCUUUGACAUGGAGAAAUCACGAGGAAACUCUAGUCGUAUUGUUGGGACAAA